AUGGUAGAAGUCAUGGGGAACAGGGUUUCUGCGUUUGGUUUGUUCAGAUCGAAGUUCUUGAGGAAACCACUGAUCAUCGCCAUUGUCCUUGGUCUCCAGCAAAACUGGUGUGGGAUGAACGGGAUCCUGUUUUUCUCUACCUCACUCUUCGAGGACGCCGGGAUCUCCAAGAGAGAGUCUAGAUACGCAACGUCGGGCAUUGGCGUCAUCUUUUUUGUCAGCAACAUGGUGUCCAUCGGGAUCUUGCCCAGGUUUGGCCGGAAGACCAUAUUCCUCAUGGGAACUAUUGGAAUGGCAAUUUGCUGCGCUGUUUUAGCUAUCUCAAUGCUGUACAAGGAAGAGGUCACAGCUCUGAAGUACGUGAAUGUCUGUGUCUCGCUCAUGAUCAUCGCUUUCUAUGCCCUGGGACCAAUCUGUGUGUUCUGGACCAUGAUGAGUGAGCUGUUUCCCCACAGUGCCAGAGGCGCCGGCAUUGGUGUAGCCUUCAUGUGUUCCUUUGCCGGGUUCUUCGCUCAUUGCUACCUCUUUCCUUACAUGCUG